CGAACCGGCUGGCCAGAGCGCUGCAGAGCCGCCGCAGACAGCCAGGCGCAGCCAGGAGCCCGCCCGCCCGCCCGAGCUGUGCAAGGCCAACAGCUAUCAUGGUGGCCACCAGGAGCAUCUGCCUUCUCGUUAUGCUGAUGGCCCCUCUCUGCUCCUCCCGAUCGAGGCACCUUCCAGCAGCCACCCUGGAAGACGGUGCUGGGAGCGGAGAGGGAGAGGGGGCUUCCUCCAUCCCACCCCCUGCAAGCGUGACCUUGAGUGUGAACCCCACCUUGGACGAGGUCCUCAUGACCUCGGUGAACGAGACGUCCACCACCCUGAACAUACUGGACGGGAUUGUGGACUUCUUCCGAGAGUACAUGCUGCUGAUCAUCGUGGUGGGCUCCUUGGUCUUCAUCUUCCUGUUCAUUGUGUGUGCAGCCGUCAUCGUCCGGCAGAAGCACAAGGCCUCCGCCUAUUACCCGUCCUCUUUCCCCAAGAAGAAGUACGUGGACCAGAAUGACAAGUCGGGCGGUGCCAAAGCUUUCAGUGAAGUCCCUGAGAAGGCUGGUGAUUCCUGCCAAGAAGAGCCCGUUGACUCCACCAAACAACUGCAAGCGGAUAUUUUAGCAGCAGCCCAAAACCUCAAGUCCCCGAUGAAGGCUGUCAUGGCAAAUGGAGAGAGUGCCAAAACGGAGGAGAAACCCAUCAAGGAAAGGGAAGAAGGAACUCAGGCAGCAGACGUGGACAGAAAAGAAGAGGAACAAACGACCCGAGUCCAGGAUGGUCCACCAGAAGAGGCUGACCUUCCUCUAGAGACUCCAGCGACACAAAACCCGGAAGAGGCUGAAGUCAACGGGGGAGACCCACCACCCACUGUGGGUGGUCAACAGGUGGCGGAAGCCACCCCACCUUCUCCAGAGGAGCCCAAGGAGCCAGCCGGGACAGAUAAUUCCAUCUCACAGACCUUGGAAAGUGAGAAUCAAGAGUCUUUUGACCAAACAACUCAUGAUGACAGCAGCUCAGGAGACUAAAGACUGAAAAACUACCAUCUACCGUUAGUGCUGGAAAUUUAUAAUAUUAGAUCAGUGAUGGACUUAUUUUUUACCAAGUGGGCAACGGAAAGUCCUUCCUUCAUUAUAGGAGGCGACUUGCUCCCUUCCACUAUCAAAGAAUCUCGUUAGAAGUUGCGCGCUGUGUUUGUUGCCUUAAUGGACCGCUUGGUUACUUUGGAAAUGCAUAGCUACACUCAUUCACCACAAGGGCCUGAGAUGGGGCUGGAUCCUGCAACCCCAUUGUGCUCAUGGUGGUACCUUUCUCUGGAUCAAGAGCAGGAGAACGCUCCUGGCACCAGAGAAAGCGCCACUGUUAGCAGAAUUGGAUCCAAGAGAUCCAACCCAUGAUUUGGUAGGUCAGGAUGGACUUGAAAAAGAUCCAGCAUCCCAAGUAUUGUCCGAGGGGGGAGUGGCCAAUUGCAGAACUGGCUCUAGUGCUCUAGAGGAGAGGGGCUGGGCCCGAGCACCUCUCCUUCAAGUCCAUGUGGUGUAAUCUGUGACUUGGGUCCAAUUCUGGAUGAGUCCCCUUGCAAGUUCCGUCCUCAUGAACCGUAAUAGUGGGGCUGAGAGAGCAUCCCUGCCGCUUUCUGUAUGAAUUUCUGCCCUUUGUUAAAUGUCCUGCUCAAAGGAUCCCGUUGCCCUUCUGCACCGAGGGCCGUUUCCUGGCGAUCUGGGUGCUCUUGGGGUUGGAGUCUCUCUUCUGACUGGCUGACACUCUAUAACCAGGCGUGCAUCCACGUGGGUGUUUCCCCCUAUAUGGGAAGCAGGAACCCCCCGCCCCCAGGAUAUUGUGCCCAGGGAGGGCUGACUCACCUGCCUCCUGCAGCGAGGACAGGUGUGUGUGAGGAAGCCGUUCCUUCUCCUUUCCACCCCACUUGCUACUGCUGUGGUGGUGGGGGGCAUUUUUGUGCCCCAAUGUGGAAACAGCCUAAUUUCUUCUGGGUCAGCUGGAAGAUGUAGGUUUUUUGUACUCUGUGGCAGGGAAGGAAUAAUUCUUUUCCGACUCUUUACGUGGGGUGGGGGGGGGUGAGGGGAUACAGGAAUGGAGAGUUCUGAGUGGGCUUCAUGUUUCCGGGGUGAGUGGGUGGAAUCUGGGUUAUUCCUUCUCUAGGCUGAUUGGAAAUGAGGGGGACAGUCCAGCAUUUCAGCUGGACCAGGUAGCAUUACCUUACCUAUGACAAGCCUUGAAGAAGGAAAGGAGGGUGGGAAAAAAUCCUCCGGUCUCUUUCCUGUCUUCAUAAAGGUUCCGUUGAUAUAUUGAUGACUCCAAGUGUUCUGCAUCACUUGGUUACAUGGAAUACCUGAUGAUACCAGGGGGGAGAGAACGUUUUCUGUACCAUUAGCCAGCCGGAACAAACAGAUUCGAAUCCUGUCUUUUCAAACUGAGACGUGUUUGGCUGAAGAGGUUCUUUUGGACGGGCUCUGAUUUCUGCAGCAGACCCAAGAUGGGAGUUACGUGGGACAAAGUUGUGGGAGGGCAUUCAGUGGGCCUUGCAGCUGGAAUGAGCUGCCAGCAUCUUCGUGGUUCAGUCUGCCUCGAGCAUUGGAAGCCUUCAGAUUGAAUUGUUCCCAGAGCCCAUUUGCUCUGCAGCCUUACUUGGAAGCUCAGUGUGUGUGUGGGGGAGUUGCUCAGAGGGGUCUUGCAACAUCAGCCCCUGGGACUGGCAGAGAGGAUAAAGCUCUGGUGCCGAUUCUAGCAACCUUUGGCUUUUACCUAUCGACUGAGGAGGGGCCUUCCUGCCCGUCAGUCUUCAGCUUUUCCUCCAGCUCCACCUCCAGCAACCGACUCGGGAGCUCCCAUCUGCCCAACACGCAGGCAUCAGGUCGGACAGUCAGUGCAUGGUCGUUGGGACACUGAAUGUGCCUUGGAAAGGAUGACGGCUCCUUUCCAUCCACGUGAUAAAAGUUGUCUUCCGAGAGCAGGGGCACCUCUACAACGACGCUCACGCGGGACUGUUCAGAGGGAAUGCCAGUGUGUGAAUGGCAGAGCAGAUGGGCGUGGACGGGUCCAUGGAAAAUGUCCCCGGGGCUCAUGAUACCAUCUUUGACCAGAGGGAGAUGAGGGAUCCUUGCCCUGAGUUGCAGCAGCUGAACGAAGAGAGGCAGCGAUGAGACCGUGGGCCCUGCAAGCCUUAUCCACUGAAAGCCUGUCCGUUUUUUAAAAUCGGCAAGGAGCAAGAAAUUGCAGACUGGAACUCCCCACCCCGC